AUGACCCAAAAUUACCUGGAUCUACCUUCCCCACCUGCUUCGCAAAAACGAUUGACGUCCACUCCUACCUUGACAACGGACUGUUACGAUCGUCUCGAUGGUCUGAUCCAUCAUAUCCCUUCGACUACUAGUAUUCUGACUUCCUCUGUGGAACAUCUUGGAGGAGCGGUGUGGUGGGUCGUAGGAUUAUGGAGUCUAUCAGUGGCCAAAACAUCGUGGCUCGUCAGCGAACAUGAUAGCGACGACACACUGACUUCUCAAGCGAAAGGCGGAUCAAUGCCUCAAGACGACUGUGAGGGAUACGAAAAGAUACAGGAUCGCAAUGGAGAUGAGCAAGACAUCGAAAAUGAAGAAGGAGAAGAAGUAGAUGUAUAUGAUGAGCACACGCGACUGCUUUUCAUACAGGCUAUCCAAGAAGCUCGAAUGAUGGUUCAAGCCCAACAAUCUCAAGAGAGAAAGAGAAAUGCGAAGAUUGAGAUGAAAACAUUCAGGAAAUUAAUGUUCAAUCCUUCAAAUCCUACUCAUAUUGAUGAAACCCCAUCAGUCGAUUCACUCGUUCAUGCUUGGACUUUCGGUAAGAUCAGUCUUGAUUUUGAGGAUGACACCGUAAAGGUGAUUAUUCAAACGGAUCAAGGUGAUCUGGUUCUACUUCAAGAUGCGAACAAUCAACACAAGUCGACCCUCCAUGCUACGCAUAAGGAAGAUACUGUGACUGAUCCAAAGAAAGAUGAAUUGAGCUACUGGUUCGCAAAAUUCCUCGAACAUGUUCGCGAUCAUCCUGUAUCCUCUAUACCUAUCAGAAGACCUAUGAGAGGACCGAAAUUCGAUUUAAAUCCCCUCCCGUCAGCUUUUAGGAACGCCAUCAAUACCGAAAGAAGAAAGAUGAAAGAUUUCAAGAGAAAAUACGAUGAAAUGAUGAACCAAGACAUUGAUCCCACUUCAUCCACAAAAGAGGAGGUAGAUGAGCAGCAAAAGUCCGAAGAGAGAUGGAAGAAAGUGAAUGAAUGGAUGGAAAGUCACUUCAACGGCAAGAAGCACAAAGAACAGAAACGAAUAGAACUGGAAAGGAAGACGAUUUGGGAAAGGUUGAAAAGUGAUCAAGAGAAAAGUAAAGCUGAGAGAAGGAAGGUUGAUGGACCACGACAACAGGAUGUGAUACGACCGGUCAAAUUGUCACUCUUCGUUGGUGGGACUAUCAGCGAUAAGAUUACUCGAUCUCGAUCUCGGGAUGUUGUCGAUACAAUUCAACGAACCGAAGAAACUGGUUCUUCUAGAGGGAUCAGAAAAACUCAGUCUGGUACUAAUGGGAUCAUGGGCUCAGAGAGUUCGAUUCUCAAGAAAAAGAAAAGUGUUCAUCUCGAUGCUUCGGCCAAACAUUAA